AUGGCUUUGCAAAUGCAGACCUCGACGACGGCGGCUUUCGUAAACUCCGCGCCAUCUACGCGCACCGGACGAUUCUCCCCUCUCGGAACAGUCGCUGUUCGCCGGGAAAUGUUAACGGCGUGGAGAGGAGUCAGAUGCAGCGGCGGUGGAGUUGGAAUCGGAGGAGACGCCGGGAAGAAGAAAGCGGUUCCUAAUUCGAACUAUGUAGUGCCUAUGGACAAGUUCUCGUCUUCUUCGUCGAUCACUCGGCCUCUGAUUGAGAUACUUCGCGAUCUUAACAAGAAGAUCCCUGAUAACAUCGUUAAGAGCCACGAGCCUGGUUCCAAUGCCGCUUCUUCUGGCUUUAUCCCUUGGUUCCAUGCAAAUCGGAUGCUCAGCUUCUAUGCACCUGGCUGGUGUGGGGAAGUUCGCGAUGUCAUUUUCUCUGAGAAUGGUAAUGUCACGGUUGUUUAUCGUCUUACCAUUCGUGGCUCUGAUGGUGAGGCACAUCGUGAAUCUACUGGGACAAUAACGACGACUGAUGAUCACAUUGAAGAUCCAGUUACUGCAGCUGAGGAAAUAGCAUUCUGCAGAGCAUGUGCUAGAUUUGGUCUCGGCUUGUAUCUGUAUCACGAAUCAUCCUAG